AAGCGUCAUGCUCUGUCGGAAUAUAAAAUCACUUCGCCAAUUUGAAAUAGUAAAAGCAGAAUUAAAUCAGCGUCUUUGCCUCUCCUUCCCAUUCAUCCAUCACAGGGCAGAAAAUAAUGACCCUGUCUACCACCCCCCAUCGCUUCCUUUUUCCCAAAACCAACCCCAACUUUCCAAAAUUCAGCCCCAAAACAUGCACAUUACACCCCCCAAAAUGCACAUUCCUGACCAUCAAAUCUCUCCAGAAAAGCCAUGAACAGAAACCAGAGAAAAACCCCAGAUGUGAAAACAUUCUCAGCACAGCUGCAAGCCUAUAUCCGUUGUAUGUGACUGCUGGAGGAGUGGUUGCAUGUGUAAAACCAUCAGCUUUUUCAUGGUUUGUAGAAAGAGGGCCUGCUUCUUAUAGCCUCUCUCUCGGUUUUAUCAUGCUGGUCAUGGGAUUGAGUCUUGAGCUUAAAAACCUCAUCAGCCUCGUUUUGCAGAGGCCUCUCUCUAUACCGUUUGGGUGUGCUGCUCAGUAUACGAUCAUGCCAGCUUUAGGAGCGAUUAUUAGCAAAUUAUUCGGUCUCUCACCCUCUCUUUCAGUUGGUUUGAUUUUGCUUGCUUGCUGCCCUGUAGGUACUGCAUCUACUGUGGUGACCUUAAUUGCUCAAGGGGAUGUGCCGCUCUCCAUUGUAGUGACUGUGUGCACCACACUAGGUGCAGUAAUUCUCACUCCUCUCUUGACUAAAACCCUCGCUGGAGCUUAUGUACCUAUCAAUGCUGUCAGCCUUUCCAUCAGUACUCUACAGGUGGUUGUUGCCCCAAUUCUGCUGGGUUCAUACAUGCAGAGCACGUUUCCAAAUGUUGUCAAAAUGAUUACACCUUUUGCUCCACUUCUUGCUGUCUUAACAUCAUCAUUGCUCACAAGCAGUGUAUUCUCGGAAAAUGUUGUUUGCCUAAAAUCAUCAAUGCUUGGUGCAACACUGGGGUCUGGUGGAGGGCCACUAGUUUUAGUCCGACAAAUCUUCACUGGAGAAUUGGGGGGUAUACUAUUGUCCGUUAUGUUAUUGCAUUUUGCAGGCUUCAUUCUUGGGUAUUUGUCAGCAGCUUUUUGUGGGUUCAAAGAAGCACAACGACGGUCGAUUUCAAUACUGGUUGGGAUGCAGAGCUCGGCCUUGGGAGUGGUUUUGGCAACAUCCCAUUUCACCUCCCCAAUGGUUGCAUUGCCACCAGCCUUGUCUGCAGUGAUUAUGAAUAUCAUUGGUGGCAGUUUGGGCUUCGUUUGGAGAUACAUCGAUCCCUCCGAUAAAGAAAACGAACCUAAAACCGCUGCAACAUGACAAGGAAAACCUCCAUGUUCAUGUCCAUGCUUUUCCGCCAGAUUCAGGUAAACUGCAAAUCUUUGUUGCUGUGCAUGUAUCUAUGUUUGUUAAGUUUCAUAACAAUGCCAUUUCAAUAUUGUUAGCAGUUACGAUGACUUAUUUUCAGCUGGAAGUUAUUUGAUACUCUGGUAGAACAUGAUUGUUGAUACAAAGGCAUUCAGAAAUUCUACA